UCGGCGAUUUCAUUUGGAUUGGUCUAACUGUAAAUGUAAUCGGCGAGGUUAGGAUACACGAAUGACUGAGUGCUUCUUGGGAUGCUAGACUAGUUAGUUAGUUUAUGUAGUUUUUUCAUCAUCGACAAUCUAUCAAGACAUUGCCUAAGAAUAUCGAUUAAACGUCUGUGGCUGUGGUAGGGGAGUGAGAGAGUGAGUGAUGGCGGACCAGCAGAAGCAGCGCUCUCUCUCAACAUCGGGCGAGUCCCUCUAUUUGGUGCUCGGCGUCGACAAGAACGCACCGCCCGAGGACAUCAAGAAGUCUUACAGGAAACUGGCGCUAAAGUUCCACCCUGACAAGAACCCAGACAAUCCUGAAGCGGCCGACAAGUUCAAGGAGAUCAACAACGCAAACGCCAUUCUCAGCGACGAGACCAAGCGCAACAUAUACAACCAGUACGGCUCGCUGGGGCUCUACGUGGCGGAACAGUUUGGCGAGGAGAAUGUCAACACCUACUUUGUGCUGUCCAGCUGGUGGGCUAAGGCCUUGUUUAUCUUCUGCGGCGUAGCCACAGGCUGCUACUGCUGCUGCUGCCUGUGCUGCUGCUGUAACUGCUGCUGUGGCAAGUGUAAACCCCGGCCCCCGCCAGACCAGGAGCCCGAGUUCUAUGUGUCCCCCGAGGACCUGGAGGCCCAGAUGCAGACUGAAGACAAAGGAGAUGGCACCAGCCCCAUCGUGAUGCAGCCCUCCUCUGCCACGGAAACUACCCAGUUGACAUCCGACAGCCACCAUGCCACCUACCGGACCGACACGGGCUACAAUUAGAACCAUUCUAGAACCUUUACCCGAGCCUUCUACUCCCAUUACCCCCCAACCAACCCCACCCACCCCCCACUCCCAAACCCAUUUUCCCAACCCGGGACGAGCCACCAUGCUGGGGGAUUCUAGCACAGGAGCAUCCGAAUCAGACACUGGAGACGACGCGCUGAGCAAGACGGAGAGAAGAAGGAUAGAGACUGAAUGAGGAUGCCAAUUAGUCUCCAUCUGCUUCUGCACUGAGAGCAAAACAUAUCAGCGCCUUUUUGAAAGGGGAAAAAAAAGGAGAGAGGUUUUUGUUCUUUUUUUCCGCCUUUUCCCUCCUGUUGUUCCAGAUCCUGUUGUCAUCCCUCAACCACCAAUUCAGCACAUGUAGAACACACAUACACACACUCACUCCUGCAUAACUCAUUAUGUUUUUAGAAUGUAGUUUUUAAUUUACAAAUGACGUAUGUGUUUUUAAUAUUUAUGUUUUGUCCUUCUAUUGUCACUAUAUGUUAGGUUAUUGUGUUGUUCAUUUCCAUAUCGCUCUCGGCGCUCCAUGUGAGAUGUUUGUCCUGUCAGCUGUGCAUAUUCUGCACUUGUAGGGCUUUCUUUAACCUAGUGCAAUGCAUGUCCUCCAUGGAGUCUGACCCAUCACGAACUGAUUAUGAUGAUGUUGAUGAGGAGGAGGAGGAGGAUGAUGAUUAUAAUGAUUAUUAUGACUUAUGGUGAUGAAGAUGUAAAAGAUUUGUGACCCUAGAACUCCAUUGUCAUGUGACUGGCCCUACAGAUUCACUUGGACAGACUGCAAAUACUGGGCACGUCAUUACUUUGCUUCUUUAUAACACACACACACAACACAUACCACUCCAAUAAAGUCAACACUGGCUUCUCA